AUGAUUAAAUGUCUAUCCGAAGAAGUUCGAGUGAGACUUCGCUCCGGCGUGGCCGUCCCUUCUCUUCAACAAUGCGUCGAGGAGCUCGUCCUCAACAGCCUCGACGCCGGCGCGACGUGCGUCGGCAUCCGGAUGGAUCUGGACGCGCUCAAGGUGCAGGUGAUCGACAACGGCGCCGGAAUGAGCGCCGAGGACAUGGCGCGCGUGGGGAACAGGUACCACAGCGGCAAAUGCCACUCGCUGGACGACCUGGAUGAGCUCAAGUAUUACGGCUUCCGGGGUGAGGCCAUAGCGAGUAUCGUUGCGCUAGCUACACUGGUAGAAAUCUCAUCCCGGGCUCGAAACGCGGAGAAGACGCUCGUUAGGCUGUUCAAAAACGGAAAAGGAAUGGAAGUGUUUGAAAAUGACGAUUGUCGACCCACUGCAGGAACGACGGUCGUCGUUUGCAAUUUCUUCCACAACAUGCCCGUACGCAGGAAGAGGAUGGACCUCGUCCUGGAAGGUGAGAGAAUCAGACAUCGGGUAGAGGCCGUGUCUCUAAUGCACCCCUCUGUGUCUUUCACCUUGAAGAACGACCGUACGGGAGCCGUGAUGGUUCAGCUUCCUAAAUCUCGAGACACCUACCACAGGUUCGUCCAGAUCCACGGUCUGACCCGAGCUCGGAAACUGGGAGAGAUACGGCACACGCGCGCCCCCUUCGAGGUGACGGGUCACCUCGGCAGAGAGGGCCACUACAACGGGGGCUUGCAGUUUUUGUACGUGAACGGCCGACUGCUUCUCAGGACGCGGAUACACGCGCUGCUGAACUCGCUUUUACGCGGACUCCGCAGUCCGACUCGGAGGAACGACAGUCCGGAAAAACGGGCGGCCGUCGGGAACGACGCGCACAGACGCGGCCAAGACCUUCACGGGGUAUACGUCGUUAAUAUUAAAUGUUCCUAUUCGGAGUACGAUAUUAAUCUGGAGCCCUCCAAAACUCUAAUCGAGUUCAAAGACUGGGACGGUGUUUUGCUGUGCGUAGAGGAGGCCGUGAACGCUUUUCUGCGCAGGGAGAAAUCGCCGCUCUCCCAAGAUGACACGCCAGAUGCGUCGCCGAGGUCGUUUCCAGUCGACGACGCGGCGCGAGAAGACGCCGGCCCCGAUCGCGCCGUCCCGACACCGUCUGUUCAUCGUAAACAUGAGCCGUCUGAUGUGCUCCGACCUGACAACGAAGGACCCGUCGAUCAGAUAAAUGCGCUCCGCCUCGCCGAAAAUGCAGAAUCCAAAUUCGAUCAAACUGAAAACGAAAUCGCAACGGCAACUCUCCGUCCGCCGGAUUCGGCGGGAGAAGAAAAGACUUCCAGAACAAUUUGCGUCCGCUUUCCGUUCGUUCACGAAUGUCUACAGGACAACGCCGGGAAAGCAGCGGGUCAGCAUCUUUCAAAACGCAAAAUCUCCCUCACCUCACAAAAUAGUGAAAGAAGCGACAUUCCUUCAAAGAUUUCCAAAGUGCUCUCUGUGGAGUCUGGAUCACUUGACGAGUUUAGAAGAAUGUACGGAAAAUCUGUUGAAACAAACGUUACCUCGUCGGAAAAGCAAACGAACCCUCGACGACUUCCGCCAAACUUUUUAGAGGAUACUCAGAAUGUUGGUCUUUCCCUGAACCGGAAAACUAAAAGUGAUGAGCGACGACACGAAGCUCAUCACCUAGAGUACGCCGAGCUAAAACGCACAUCGCCAUCUUUAACGGGUAAACUUAACCGCCUGAAACAAAAGUGGACAAAAGACCAAAGGCGAGAUCGUUCCGCUCCCGUUGGUAACGAAUGCUUUCAAGACGGCUACAACGAUGCCACGAAUACUCAUGAGGGGACGGCCGCGUCUACCGACUGGCUCCGUCACUUUGAUAGCCAAACGGGAAAAACGGCCUACGUCAACAAAGUGACUGGCCUCAGCAAAUACGAGGAACCUCCAAAAGAAGGAAAGGGGGUCCGCUGUACGUCCGAUAUCACCAACAUGGCUAUUAGUGUCGUCUCUGAAACGGGGACGGAAUGCAGAUGUUACCCCUUCCAAGCGGAUCUAGUGCUGCCCUUCUUGCCUGAAGACAAAGAACAAAGAGUGCUGAGCGCAGGGACAGACGACAACGUCCGGACCUUCCGCUCGCUCUCGUCUUUGUACUCCAAGUGGAAGAACCCGGUGUUUGUGCGUCCUCCGGAGGUGGCUGUGGACGUUUCAAGCGGGCAAGCCGACGGCUUGGCCGUCAAGAUCCACAACAUCCUGUAUCCGUACCGCUUUUCCAAGGCCAUGAUUCACUCCAUGAAGGUGAUGAAUCAAGUCGAUAACAAGUUCCUGGCGUGCCUUAUCAACACGACAGACGAUACGGACACGGAAGGGAAUCUUUUGGUACUGUUGGAUCAGCACGCCGCACAUGAGAGAGUGCGUCUGGAAAAGCUCAUAGCAGAUUCCUUGGAAGACGAUCCAAACGCACGCGGCCAGAAACGUCUGUGUUCAUCCACUAUUUCGCCACCCCUGCGCAUCUGCGUGACUGAAGAGGAACAAAGACUGAUCAGGGCUCGUCGGACGGAUUUGCGGCGCUCGGGCCUGGAAGUGACGUUCUCUGAGAGGCGGGAUAACCGGGUGCUGGUAGGCAAAGUGCCACUUUGUUUUGUGGAGAAAGAAAAUACGGAGCAUCGGCGAAAGAGGCCGUCGGUUAUCAAGCGUCUGGUCGAGGAUUACCUUCGAGAAGAGAUGGAGUUACUUCGCUCCACCGGUACGGUGAAGGGAACUCUGCCGCUCACGGUGCUGAAAGUCCUGGCCUCUCUAGCGUGCCACGGCGCCGUCAAAUUCAACCAUCCCCUGAAUAGAGACGAGUGUCGCAGUUUGGCGGCGUCUCUGUCGUCCUGCCGGCUGCCCUUCCAGUGCGCCCACGGCCGGCCGUCCAUUGCGCCGCUCCUCGACGUCCUCCAUUUAGAGCCCGAGCGGAAGGAGCCGACGAAGCCCAACCUCAGAAAGUUAAGAAGUGUGUACAAAGCUUGGCUACUCUAUGGAAAUGAAUGA